CAGAAUUCAGCUCCACUACCAGACAAAACACAUCACCCAAAACCCCAAAUCCCCACAGCCCAAACCCUCUUCCCUUCCGGCGUCGGCUCGGUGGGCGGCGGACAUGGACACGAGGGUGCUACCCAUCCCCAUGGACGAGGCCACCAUGGCCGAGUUCCGGCAGCGCGGCCAGGUCCCCGAGGACGUCGAGAGCUCCAUCGGCACCGUCCUCUCCUACAUCCACUUUGCCAUCCCCGACGCGCCGGUCUCCUCCCACGCCCGCCUCUCCGCGCUCCCGCCCGACGACGACGACGACGGUGUCGACCGCCUCAGCCUCCUCCCCGACGCGCUCCUCCGCCGGAUCGUCUCCCGCCUCCCCGUCAAGGACGCCGCGCGCACCGCCGCGCUCUCCUCCCGCUGGCGCGACGCCUGGCGCUCCACCCCGCUCGUCCUCGUCGACGCCGACCUCCUCCCCGCCGGCGUGUCCGACGCCGACACCGACGCCGCGCGCGAGGAGGCCCGCGCAGUCACCUUCGCCGUGUCCCGCGUCAUCGCCGCGCACCCCGGCCCGUUCCGCCGCCUCCACCUCACCUCCAGCUUCAUGGACCAGUACCAGGGUCUGCUCGCGAGCUGGCUCCAGGUGCUCGCCGUCAAGGGUAUCCAGGAGCUCAUCCUCGUCAACCGCCCGUUCCCGGCCGACCUCACCCUCCCCGCCACCUUCUUCGGCAUGGCCACCCUCACCCGCCUCUACCUCGGCCUCUGGAAGUUCCCCGACACGGCCGCGCUCCCGCGCGCCGCCUGCUUCCCCAACCUCCGCGACCUCGGCUUCUCCCUCAUCGGCAUCACCAACCACGACAUGGACUUCGUCCUCGCCAGGAGCCCCGUUCUGGAGACGCUCUGCCUCCAGGCCAACACGCUUCAGCGCGUCCGCGUCGCCAGCCGCAGCCUCCGGUGCCUGAUGAUGAUGGGGUUCGACCAGGAUGUCAACGUGGUCAACGCGCCCCGCCUCGAGCGCCUCAUCAUGCUCUACUCCUGUGGCUCCUCCAUGCUGGUAAAGAUUGGCCGUGCUCCCUCGCUGCGUGCAAUUGGAUACCUUGAUCUGGAAACCCAUGUGCUGGAGAUCGGCGACACUAUUAUCAAGGCUGGAACAAGGGCUAGUCCAAGCACCAUGGUUCCAAGUGUGAAGAUCCUUGGCAUAAUUGUGUGUUUCGGAGUCCGCAAUGAAGCCAAGAUGCUGCCCAGUUUCCUCAGAUGCUUUCCUAAUGUUGAGACUCUGCACGUCGAAUCCCGGAAAACUGAUGAGCUCACUGGCAAGCUGAACCUCAAGUUCUGGCAGGAUGCAGGCGCCAUCGAAUGCAUCCAGUCUCACAUUACCGUGAUGAUUUUUCGUCGUUUCCGAGCAACGCGGGGUGAGAUUAACUUCCUCAAAUUUGUCCUUGAGAGUGCGCGGAUGCUGAAGAAGCUGAUAAUUGUGUCUCCCAAAGGAACAUUUGCAUCGACAGAUGAGGCAAAUUUCAGACUGAAGCCUCUGUUCGCCACAAAAUGGGCUAGUAAAUGUUGUUCACUAGUGGUCCUUGAGAGUGAUGCUAGUGCAGGAGAAAGCAAUUGGAACUUUGAGAGAGGAUGUGAUUUUUCACUUAUGGACCCUUUUGCGAUCAUCAUCCGAUCUUCUCGGCUUGACAUCUCUGGAAGUUGUUAGUGUUCUGUGGCAGUUUCUAAAUGAGAGGGAUUGUUUUGCUUCCUUGACUUCUGCUGUUUUUUGUUCCAAUUUUGAGAUUUAUCAGUGCUCUCAAUCCUGUAGCAACUCCAACAGUAUUGUCUUUCCAGCAGAAGACAAAUGUUAUCUCAGAUGAAUGUUGUAUUGACCUGGCAUUGAUCAUGUGACAUCACACAGUUCUAUCUAAUUAGAUUUGUGCCA